CUUGAGAGCUUGAGCUUCUCCGGAGAUCCAUGGCGGCGGGCUCUCCGGACGAGCAAGUCCUCUCCUUGCUAUCCAAAUCCUCUCACUUGCGCCAUCUAAAGCAAAUCCAUGGCUACCUCAUCGCUGUUGGCCACGCCCACACCCAGUUCUUUGCCUUCAAGCUCGUCCGCUUCGCUGCCAUUGCCCUCUCCGACCUCGCCUAUGCGCGCCUCAUCUUUGAUUCACUUCCAUCGCCCAAUGUCUACCUCUACACCGGCAUGAUCACUGCCUACUCCUCCUGCCCUGAUCCCUCUUCGGCCCUUCACCUCUUCCGGCUCAUGCUCUCCCGCCCCCGUCCCCGCCCUAAUCAUUUCGUCUAUCCCCACGUCUUAAAAUCGUGUUUCUACUCGUCUCAUCUCGAUUUCAUGAAAUCAGUCCAUUCGCACAUUUUGAAGUCCGGUUUCCAGGAUCAUGGCGUUGUGCAGACAUCGCUUCUUGAUGGGUACGCGAGAUUUUCCGAUGUAGGUACUGCACGGCAGUUGUUUGAUUCAUUGCGUGAGAGAAAUGUGGUAUCUUGGACGGCUAUGGUGUCCGGGUACCUGCGGGUUGGGAUGGUUGGGAAUGCAGUUGCGUUGUUUGAGGAAAUGCCUGCGAGAGAUGUGCCUUCAUGGAAUGCGGUGAUUGCUGGCUGCACUCAGAACGGGCUUUUCUCUGAAGCUGUUGGUAUUUUUCGGAAAAUGUUAGCUUCCUUUGUGGUGCCAAAUCAGACGACUGUGGCUUGUGUGCUCUCAGCUUGUGGACAACUGAGUAUGCUCCGGUUUGGGAAGUGGGUGCAUGGAUAUAUAACCAAGAAUGAUAUUGAGCAGUGUCCGUAUGUUUCAAAUUCUCUUAUUGAUAUGUAUGGGAAAUGUGGGAGCUUGAGAGAAGCAAGGUGGAUUUUUAGUACAUUGUCUGAGAAGAACUUGACAACUUGGAAUUCAAUGAUCAAUUGUCUUGCCCUCCACGGGCAUAGCGAGAGUGCUAUUGCAAUGUUCAAAGAGAUGGAAUGCGAGGGAUGUGAGCCGGAUGAAGUCACAUUUGUUGGGCUUUUGAAUGCUUGUACACAUGGUGGGUUGGUUGAUGAAGGUCUUGACUAUUUUGAGUCAAUGAGCAGGGAUUUCCGGAUUGAGCCCCAGAUUGAGCACUAUGGAUGCGUGAUAGACCUUCUUGUCCGUGCCGGGAGAUUUGAAGAUGCGAUGGGGAUAGUGAGGGAUAUGAGAAUAGAACCUGAUGAGGUUGUGUGGGGGUCUUUGCUUAAUGGUUGUAGGAUUUAUGGGGAUGCAAAGUUAGCUGAAUUGGCAGUCAGAAAACUUUUGGAGUUGGAUCCCGAAAAUGCUGACUAUGGUGUUAUGUUGGCAAACUUAUAUAGCGAGAAUGGAAAGUGGGAGGAGGUAAGGAAGGUGAGAAAGCUGUUGAAAGAGGGUGGAGGGAAGAAAUUACCUGGGUGCAGCUGGAUUGAGAUAGAUAGUGAGGUGCACCAGUUCUAUUCUGGUGAUAAAUUCCACCCUAGAUUUAAAGAUAUUUAUAUGGUUUUAGAGGGAUUAUUUGGAUUGGUGGAACUGUGAGAAGAUGUUCAACUAAUGGCUGGACAUGAGUGUUGCAAUGUUCAAACUUGAGAGGCUUGGGCAUUUAGGUGAAUACGAUCUGGUUAUGCGUUAACUUAUCGAUAAUUGUAACUGUGGGUGAAGCGACAGAUGAUUGUCUAUCUUAUUGACAGAAAUACUGAGACAGUUAGUUUGAUACAGGGAAUUACUUGCUUCGAGGAGCAUGAUUUCUGUCUUUGCAGUUAACAUGGCUGGUGUUUUCGACUUCCAUUUAAAGCAUUGCCAAUGUACUUCCCUUUUAGCCAAAGCCUUUCUAUGCAAAUGUUGGGAGGCCAUGCUGAAUUGAUGAUGGGAAGUAAGCCAACUCCAUUGAAGGUUUCAGCAAUAUGAUUGUUUGAGUUCUUGAUGUUACUUGUGAAGAUGUCCAUGAUUCUAUUUUUCGGCUAGAUAACCACUUGGAGGAUAAAUCAUGGAAAUUGAAAUCUCAUGUAGAAUUAGAGAGUGACCAGAUGAAAGCAAGCAAGCUGGACUGACAUGAAUUCUGAUUUUCUUGAAGAUCAGACAAAGAAAGCAAUAUCUUUGAGGAACACCAAUCAGAAUCUUGGAUCAGUUUAUCUUUUCAAUCAGAUAUGAUGAACAAGGAGAAAAUCUAGGUUGAUAUAGAGACUGAAAUCAGUGAUUUUGAGGCCAAAAACUUCACAAAAAAAUCAGCUCUUAACAGACAUCAAUGGGAGAUGGUGUCAUUGCGUUGCAAGCUUCUCCACGGAGAGUUGAUGUAGCAAUUGGCAUUCCAUCCAUUUCAAGAUCCUUCAGUUUGAGAAGAAGCAUGGAUUUAUCUAAAGUUCAUCGUUUGGCAAGGAGUAGAAGCUCAGGGACUUUUCGGAGGGAUGGCUCUGUGGGUAGCUUGAGUAUGAGAGUUCCUUCACAAGAUGUGUGUGAUUUGAUUCGUGAUUCAUUCACUUUGUCAAGAGAUUUGGUGGAGGAGGUGCUCAGAGAUCUUGAUGACUCUUGAGAUUGCUUGCACAAGCAAGAGACAGUGGUGAUAGAGUAGCUGAUGAUUUGGAUGCUGAAAAUGAGAGCUCGGAGUUGUUUUCUAUGAAUAACGGUGAGAUUAAUGGCAAAUUAGCUCCUUCUUCACUUCCAACUGAUGUUAUAUCACGUUCAAGUGCAAAGAAAUGCAUUGAAUUAAUAGUAGUUCAUCUGUUAAUCAAAAGAAAGAUAAGCUUCCGGGGAGAUUUGAUCACAUUUCUUAUCUGGUUCACUUGGCAGUG